UUACUCGCUCCUGGGAGGAAAUAGGUGAAGUGGCUUAUUUUCCUGUUGGCCUGUGUAAGGAUAGAUACCAUGUUGUAUGUAGAUAAAGGUUAGACAGGACCUAUGCUGUUCCUGCCAUGGUUGACCGGUCUCCCCACGGUCUGUCCCGUAUCCCUGUCCCUGUCAAAACCACAAAUGUUGUGCAAAAUGGAUCCUUGGAAUUGAAAACCUCAGAUCAAAAUGUUAAUGGAAACUUAGAAUCUAAUUUUGAAGUAGAAAAUGGGAACACCUCUAAGGAGGAAAACGGGAAGAAAGAUAAAGGAUUUGAGACAUUCCUUAUGACAGGGGAUAUGAUCAUUAGAACUACUGCAUCACCAAAGUCAAGACGAGAUGCAUCAAGUAGGAAUGCUUCUGACAGUUCCGAUUCUUGUGUUGCAGCUGAUAUGGAUGCCCCAUCUCACUACAGUAAUGAUUUAAUCGAGGAUUCUCCAAAGUUAGAUAAAAAAUUUCAGAGGUCUGCAGAAUCAGGUUUUGAAGAUCAGGGACAGUUAUCUGCUUCCAGUACCCUUGAACUGCAAAGUUCUAAUAAAAACGGGGAAACGAAAAGUGCUCCUUCAUUGUCAAAUACUGGUUGUGAUGUGAUGAGUCAGUCACAGUCAUCUGCAGCUAGCAGUACUAUAUCAUCAGUAUCAUCAGACAUGAAGUCUGACAUUUCUGAACAAACUGUUAUACUGAAUGAAGGUGAUUCAGGGUUAAUUUCACCUCAUGAAGAAGAUGUAAAAGGUCAGGAAAAUUUGAAUGAUAAUAUGAAAUUCAUUGAUAAUGAAAAUUCAGAUGAUGAUAGUUCACAGAAACCUGUAAAAGUUGAGAAAUCAGAAAAAUCAAAAAUAGUGACUAGCAAAAGUGCAGAAAAAAUUAUUUUGGACAAGACUGGUCAUCAGCAGUAUGUACGACCAAGCAAAAGUCAAGAACUUAAAUCUGAUGGUGAAUUUGCUAUUGUAGAUAUUGACAUUGAUGAUAAUAUGGCGUAUUCCUUAGAUCAGAUACCUCAACGUGGCUCACAAUCUAUAGAAAUAAUAGAUGAUCAAGUAUCCAGGAGUCUACAUAACUCUCCAGAACAUCGCAGUAGUGACAAAGCGUUUAUUCCCGGAUUUAUUAAUAUUGACAUGAAAAAAGGUAGAGGAGUACAGAAUGAUGAUUUUGCCUUAAAAACAGACAAUUUGAAUGAGUAUAAUAAUUCACAGUGGCCAUCUUCAUCUGAACAUUAUAAUGGUUCUCCACAAGAUAUAUCUAAUCAAUCUCCUGAUAGUAGUAUAUCAUCUAAUCGUUCAGAUAGAGACUCAUUUGAUCCUUCACGGGAUCCAAACUUAUUGGAAUAUCAACCACCUUCUACAAGUGUUGAUAGACCAUCAGCACAAAGACUGGCUAAAAGGUUGUAUCAGUUGGAUGGCUUCAGAAAAUCUGAUGUCUCCAGACAUCUAAGUAAAAAAAAUGACUUUAGUACUUUGGUUGCUGAGGAGUAUUUAAAACUAUUUUCUUUUGGGGAUUGUACAUUAGACUAUGCUUUAAGAGAAUUUUUACAGCAGUUUUGUUUAUCUGGAGAAACUCAGGAACGAGAGAGAGUGCUGGCACAUUUCUCCAGACGUUAUUGUGAAUGUAAUACAGGAAUUUAUAAUUCAGAAGAUUCCUGUCAUACUUUAACAUGUGCAAUAAUGUUACUGAACACAGAUCUACAUGGCUCAAAUAUAGGAAAAAGGAUGACGUGUUCAGAAUUUAUUGACAAUCUAGCAGAAUUAAACGAUGGGGAAAAUUUCCCUAAAGAAUUACUUAAGACUCUAUACCAGAAUAUAAAACAUGAACCAUUUGAGUGGGCUUUAGACUACCCAGAAGAAGAGACAAAUCAUUUGGAAGAAAAGAUGGCACCAGUGUCAGCUACAAUGCCACAAAGUGCCAUAGGACAUAAUCCAUAUUUAGAUGUACCAGAUCCAAACCGUGCUACAGAAUUUAAACAUGGAUACGUCAUGAGAAAAUGUUGCAAAGAACCAGAUAAAAAGAAAACUCCUUUGGGUAAGAGAGGGUGGAAGAUGUUUUAUGCAAGUUUACAAGACAUGGUUUUAUAUCUUUAUAAAGACCAACAUAUGAUGAAAAAGGGACAACUACCUGAAGGUACACAAAAUGCCAUACGUGUCCAUCAUAGCUUAGCAAUAAGAGCUGCUGAUUAUACCAAAAAACAACAUGUAUUUCGAUUACAGACAGCUGACUGGGCCAUAUUCUUAUUCCAAACAAGUGACAGUAAAGAACUCCAGGACUGGAUUGACACCAUUAACUUUGUAUCAGCUACUUUAUCUGCCCCUGCCUUAUCUGGUGGUGUUGGCUCACAGAGAAAAUUUCAACGGCCUUUACUGCCUGCUACUUACACAAGAUUUAAUUUGCGAGAGCAGCUUGCCAAACAUACAGAGAAGACAGAAGAAUUAGAGCAGGAACUUAAGGAUCACCGGCAGUAUCCUCCAGAUAAAGGUGCUAAGGCCAGAAUUAUUGCAGAUUAUAUGGAAAAAGAAAGUUUUUUAGAAUAUGAGUUGAAGAGAUAUAAAACAUAUGUUUAUCUAAUACAGUCACGAUUGGCUACAUAUCCAGAACUAGAGCCUUCGUUAGUGGAAACUGUGAUUGGAGAGGAUGAUGAAUCUGUCACAGUUGGGCGACCAUCACGACAACAUCCUGUUCAACGCAGUCUCUCAGAUAGAACAGAAAACCUAACAGUGAUCGGUACACUAGUGUAAAUACUUGAGUCGAAUCAACUACGCCACAGAACUUUGAUGAUUAUAUCAGUCAGGAAAAUGCUGUUACUUAUUUGUAAAAGUGUCGUCUGGUGAUGUUUUUUGUGUUGUCUGGUAUCCAACAUUUCAGAGAAAAUAUGGAAUUCUGGGAAUUUAUGGCUAUUUGACAAAAUAUCUUGCAUAGUUUGAGAAAAUUGUAGCAGAAUGUUUCUAUUUUGAUGGCUGAAAUUAUUGUUAAAAUUUUUUUUACUCAGGUGCUGUGCCAUAUUACAAUCAAAUUGUUGAAAUUCGAAAUUUUAAAAAUCUUUAUCCCAGAAAAAGAAAGUGGUUUUAGUUUCACAAAGUGUUUUCUUUUAUAUUUAUUAAACUUUGUGCUUACAUUUUGAAAAUUUUUCAUUCCAUAUAAAGUAUUUUAAUAAUAGCUUUAUCACAAGUAUUAGUAGUGUAUUUAUAAGGGCAUAGGCUUCAGAUGCACUAUAGUAUAGCUGUUUUGUCACGGAAUGUUGUUUAUUUUUAGGGGUAUGGGUCCAAUAUAUGAGAGACUACCGGUAAAUAUUUUGAAAGCACAUUUAUCAAGUUCAAUAACAAUUUCUUUUCCACAAAGAAGAAAGGAUUUGAUAAUUGUAACUCAGUCCUAUUGAUUUUUGAUAGUUGAAAAAGUUUUAUACAAGGUUGUAAUUGUGAAUUCAAAUGUAACUUUGAAGUUUCCACAUAUACAUAAAUAUUUCUUCUGUAUUUUCAUGACUGUAUUCUGAAAUAAUAUAUAAGUAUAUUGAAUAAAUUCAUAUUUUUUUUUAUUAUAGGUUUGAUUUAGAAAAUUGUUUUAUUGUAAUUGAAUUUGAAAAAAAAAACCAGUUCUACCAGUAAAAAUUUGAUUAAAAAAAUCUGUCAUUUAUAAAUUAUUAAAUCAGAACUUUUGUACAAGAAUUGAUUGAGUCUUAUAUAUAAACUAUAAUUAAAAUAAUUCAUAAUGGCUCAGUCAUAUAAUUCAAUUCUUUUUUUCAACUUUUUAUCUUGGAACCAUUGAGUUUUUUGCAAGUUUGGAACUUUUUUUAAUUACAAGGGAAAUGUUUGCAUGUGUAGUUGUAGGCAAUAUGUUAUCAUUACAAUGAAAUGAUCAAAUAGCUAUGAGUUCUGAAUAUAUUUGUUUAAAAAUAUUAUAAGGUAAUCACUAAAAGAUGAUUUGAUAUAAAAAAAUUAGGAAACGCAUCAAGUACUCGCUUUGAAGAUGAUGAAACAUGAUGCUUUGUGCCCUUCUGAAUCACCUGCAAAAUUGUCAUAGUAACAUCUUUCUAACUUUAAAAUAUAGAGUAAUCGACACUCAUCUGAUGCAAAAUCGUCAUCAGUAACAACUUUCUAACUUUAAGAUAUAGAGUAAUCGACACUCAUCUGAUGAACCGAAUACUCAUUUAUUGAUUCCACAAUAAAUUGCCAUCCCUACUAAUUAUUGAAAAACACAUGAACGCAAUCAGUAAUCCUAAUAACUAUUAUUAUACCGAAGACUUGCCAAAUUCACAUUAACAUUAUAUAUGCAGAUUAUAAAUUAUGAAUUUAAAAUUUCUACAUUACAUCCGCAUUUUAAAAUCACUGAUAUUAUUGAUCUGUUUUAUGUACUGAGAGGUAAAAAAAAUAUAAAUUGAUAUAAUUUUGUUUGAUUAUUGUUUAAAAAAAUAAGGGACCAGAGAAUAUUCAAUGCCGACCCUGUCAUUGGACUGAAGUUUCCUUCUCUAUGUUAGAUCUGAAAUAUGAUGCCCAGGAAAUCCCAUAAUGUAUCAAAUCCUUUAAUUUUCAAUCCAUAAUUGAACUUCCCUUUUCUCUGUCAGUUUUCUUUUAAUCAAAAUAUUUUAUGUUAAUGCAGCUUGUCCCUUUGUUUUGUAUUCAUUGUGCAAUAUUCUACGAUUGUGAUUUUAUUUAUAUUACUGUAAAUAAAUUGUAUUUUAUGUAAAAAGAGGCCAAAAUCCUCUUGUGUUGACAAAGAAGUUAAAGAGGAUAAGCAAUACUAACUGUUUGUAAAUAAUUUCCAUAUAAUUUCAUAUCAAGUAGAAUUUUUUAUUUACAUUUUUCCUAAUCAUAUAUUAUAUAACCAGUAAGUCUAGUGCACACUUCAGCAAUUAUUAUUAUUCAUGUUUCAAUAAAAAUACCGUAUAGCGGGUUAUUUUCGCGGGUGUAAAAUUUAGCGAUUUAGGGGCAACAAAGUAAACGAAAAAUUUUGGCGGAUUCUUUAAUCCCAAAUAAAUAUUUUGGCGGAUACUGAAAUGGUUCUAGUUAAAAAGUUGUAAAAAUUGACAAACAAGGGUCUAUUGUUAUGGUUAAAUGAUUGUUUUUCCUGCAUGACUUUUUUUUAUUUAUUAUAUUUUGAUACGGUUAAUCAAUAGAAUACAGGUACAUAGUUAUUCUUCACAGGUGUACAAACUUCUUGUAAAUGUUACUGUUGAUCAGUUACGAAAUUGACUGGACCUUUGAUGUACUAAUUAGAUUAUAAAAUCAUCAUGAGUGACUUGCAACUCUUAUAUAAUUUGACCCUAAUUAGAUAAGGAUAAAAUACCUGACAUCGUACCUUACACUCUUAUAUUAUUUAUUUUAUUAUGUAACCAAUAAACUAAUUAACACCUGAUAGCCAGUGAACAAUGGCAUUUAUGUUGUUUAAUUUAACAAAAACCGUGAUUGAUCCGUCGAACGGGGAAAAAAUAGAUAGUUUACAAAACGCUUUAACUUAGAAAGUAUCGAACGAUGCAUAAAUUUUCGCAGAAUUUAUUUUCAUGAUUUCUCCUGACCCGCCAAAAUAAGCUAAAAAAAUACUUUGCGAAAAUAACCCGCUAUACGGUGUAACAUUUAUGUUUUUCGAUUAACUAGUAUAAAAGAUGGUCAUUGUAAUCACUAGCAGAAUCAAAAGGUUUGAAAUUAGUAGGAAUUAACGACUUUUUAUUCCUUAAUACUUCCUGACCAUAUCAAAGGGUUCCUAAAAAGUCAAAAAGUUCUUGCUAGAUGGCAGAUUAAUUGUUUUUUCCUUAGUUCUAGCUAUUAAAUGGUGGAGAAAUAAUGUGGGUUAAUAACGUCAUGAAUUUGUGACCCACUUGGCCAGUGCAUGUAAAACUGAAGUUGAUUUCCUGCUGAUGGGACUUGUUUAAAAAGCUAGUGUCUCACUUACUUAGAAAGUCAUUCACCAUUCUAAUCCCCAUAUGACUCUGGUUUUAAAUUUUGGCUAAAAAAUAAAACAAACUUCUUUACUAUUGAAUGAACUAAAUAGGCAAGUAAAUUUCUUUUAGUUUCCACUGUAGAUUAAAAUGUUUGUUACUUGUAGAGAUUGCUAGAUGUACCCAGUACUAGAUCAUUUGCAGUAGUUCUUAAAAAUCGUUUUGCGACAUUCCAUUUUAAAUCUUGAUAUAUCAAGCAAUGGUUUUAAUGUAAAAUGAUUUGUUUCAUUCAAAGGAUUAAAGCGAAUGCACAUUGACAUUUUCAUAUAGUCAGAUAACAGAUUAAUCAACAUAAUGGUAGAUUUUCCUCUCUAUAUAUGCAAUAGCACGUUUAAUACGUAAUAGAAGGGCGUAGCAAGUGAUGGGAUAGGGAGAGAGGAUGUAGACAAUAAUAAGAAAAUGUAGGGAUGUUUUAUUUUUUUAAUAGUUUUCAUAAAAUCAUGACAUAAGGAAACAAAUAGAUUUUAUAAUGAACAUGAAGAGAGAAUUCUUUAUAGAAAUAACUGAAAGCCAGGUAACAACAAACUUUGACAAGAUUCUCAUUCAAUUAUUAUUGAACAAAUUGUAUGAAUGGCCUAAUUUUGAAUUCAAAUGAAAAAAAUCAAUAUGAGUGGUAAAUGUUGGGGAGAAUCUAGGAAUUAUUAUUUAUUUUUUUACUUCAGAGUUAUUAUAUAUAAGAAGUGUGGUCACCAUGACAACCUAGUAUUAUGUCAAUGUUUGUUUCUGUAUUAUUCAGAAUAAAAAUGUUUCUACUUUAUAUACUGAUAUAAAUUGUCAUGAAAGGAGAUACUUUUGUGGGGUCAUAUUUUUUUUUGAUUUGAGCAGUAUGUGAGUUUUCAUGCAGUUUGCUGGUAUUUAUACACAUAAAAAACAGAUUUUCCUAAUUGGAAGUAUAUCCACUAUCUUCUCACAAAUACAUGAAACUUUUUUUACAUUUUAGGUUCUGUCUGCUGCAGUAUAUAUAAGACAAUUACUUUAAAACUUAAACAUGUAUUGCUAUACUUCUAUGUAUCUUAUGUAACUUUAUAUGUAACUUAAUUGAAAUUCUUUGAAUAUACAUCUUGUUAUGGAAACUCACAGGUCAGUUAUUCCAUUAUGAGCAAAUAGUUAAUACUUUUUAAUUAUUAAUUUUGAAACCUCUACAGUGAAAUUUUUUGUAAAUUUUCAUUUUUUCUUGAUUUUAAAUUUCUUGAAUAUAUUUUAAAAUUGUGCCAUUUGUUUUAUGUAUAAUAUAAGUAAAAUAUACCACUUUCCAUCAUGAAAUUUUUUUUUAAUUGUGUUUCCAAAUAUUUUAUAUAAGAGUGAAUGGGUAUUUCAGAUUUAUAUGCUUUUGAUCAGGUUGAGCACAAAACCAUUUUAGUCAUGCAUUGUAUUUCAUAAUACUUACCAACAUAUACCCAAAAUUAGGGAAAAACAGUUCAAUAGACAAGAUUGAUCCAUCACUGGAUUUUAAGAAAAAAAAUUUGAUUUUUUUCAUUUAUCCAAUCUCUAUGAACUUUCCUGAUAUUGCUCAUCAUAAUGUAAUGGGAUCAGGGUAUGCUGUAUCCAAAACUGUCACUUUAAACUGUACUGCAAAGUGUUUUUAAUGCAAUAUAUCUGUUUUAUAUUAAAUGCUGUUUUGGUAUGUUUCAGUACUAUUUUUGUUUAUGCUUUGUCAAACACUUAGAUUAUGUGCUAGUUUUGUUUUGUGUGUCAUUAAAUUAAUACCAGUUUUGUGA